CAGAACUGCUUGGUGUUUCUUUACGGGAACGCGUGGUGUUUGCGUGACUGAGCAGAGAGGCGCUCUAGAGGAAUUGUAACUUUUGUCGUGAAUCCACGCCGCGGUUUUCAAAUGUGUAAGACCUUGUACUAUUUUUGUUGCAGUGGAAGACGUCCUGUUGUGUUGGUCUAGGCAGGUUAUUUCUUAAACAAUUCAGCUGGAUGGUUGCACUUCGCCAUCAUUUCUAAGAUGGCUGCGUCUACGGGCAGGAUCAAUGGGCCGCUAGUCGUUGUUAUUCAUAUUGUCCUUUUCUGUUGGUACGUGUUCACUGUAUGGAGGAACUGUUCAAUUACAAUCACUGCUAAGCACCCGGGCGUAAAGACUUAUGGGGGACGCUGGAAAUACCUCACAUUUAUCAAUCUGAUCCUCCAGACAGUGUACUUUGGAAUAUGUAUAUUGGCUGACGUUACACAGUUGUGGUCUUCUGUGUUUAGGCACAAAGAGUCUCUAGUCAAAGUUAGAGACAACAUCUUUGCUUUGCUCGCCUUUCCUGUGGGUGCAUUUGUCGUCCUGUCAUUCUGGUCGAUUUAUGCCUUUGAUCGAGAACUGGUUUAUCCCAUCUACUUAGACAGCAUCAUUCCACAAUGGCUCAAUCAUGCCAUGCACACUGUGAUUCUUCCACUGCUCCUUAUUGAACUCUUCACUACACAUCAUCGGUAUCCUAGCAGGAAGAAGGGUAUCCUGGGACUGAUUUGCUUCUGUUGUGUCUACUUGAUUUGGAUUUUUUGGGUCCGCUAUGCCUCUGGAAUCUGGGUGUACCCUAUCUUGUCUCACCUUAGCCCUGUAGGACUGGUUCUUUUUUUAGUGGUUGCAGCUCUUGGUUUAGCACCCCUCUACCUUUUAGGAGAAUACCUUAAUACAUGUCUGUGGGGAGUCCGGAAAAAGAAAAAGCACUAACGUACUUCUCAAUUGAAUGGACAGUUUAUUCAUCAAUGAUGUUACCACUUCUUAAAUAAUAGGAAUUCAAGUAAGCCACUAAUUAAACCAAUGUGUUAAUGUUUUUAGUUUUAAAUAUUUUUAAAAUGACAUUUUUAAACAUUAAAUACUAUUUUGUAUUCUCAGUAUAUUUUAUUUCUAAAUAAGUUAUAAAAACCUUAUUUGUGGCUGAUCAGUCCUCUUUAAUGGCUCACUUUGUGUUUCAAAAAUAGGAUUGCUUUAUUACAAUGGAUAGCGUAUGUGGUUUUGGGGGUGAAGUAUUUGACACUACAUCCCUGUUUAACCUUACUUUGAUUUGAAACUUACAAAUCUGAACACUGUAUGUAAAAAUAUUAUAUAUUUCUGUGUUUUUAUUGUUAAUUUUCAUAAUGUGUUUUCUUUUUAGGUGUUCUUCAAUAUUGUAAAUUGCUUGAAUUUCUCUGAAUAAUUUUAAAACUUUCUUAAUGUUGUCGUUUUUAUUUUCUUUAAAAUAUUUUUCUUUUCCUUGUUUUAAUGUAAUUUGUUUACUUUUCAUUAACUAUCCCAAGUGAACACAGUGAAAUAAUGAUAAUGAAGAAUUUCCAGUUUCAUUGUAAAAAGUUAUUUUUGCUAAAAUAGUAAAAGAUAAAGUCUGUUCUA